AGGAGUCAACGAAAUAAGGUGUAGUACAAUAAUUCGUGCGCCGGCGCACGGACGCAAACGAAAAUGUUGCUCGCGAGUGUUUUUAUACAAAUUGUAUUUAUUUAUACAGUUUAUUCAGAAGAUGCCGUCUCGACGCCGAAGCCCAAGAAAAUCCUGGACACCAUCAUGAGCCCAUCCUACAUUCCAGCAGAGGAGAAACACGGGUCUUACUGGAAAAAAUCUGCAGCCGACACCCUUAAAGCUAAGCUGAAAGAGAAAAUAAAUACCAACAAAGCCAAAAAUGGUAUACUUUUCAUCGGCGAUGGUAUGUCACUGGCGACUGUGAUGGCUGCGAGAACUUUUGGUGGACAAAUGGAGAGAAACUUAGGAGAAGACAAUACACUGGAAUUCGAAAAGUUUCCGGUGUCUGGAUUGGCCCGGACAUACUGCAUUGAUGCUCAAGUGGCUGACUCUGCUUGCACAGCCACGUCUUACCUCACUGGAGUGAAGACCAAAUAUGGAGUGAUCGGUCUUGAUGGAAACGUCACAAGAGGGUCCUGUUUCUCCCAGCUCCAUAAAGGCAACUGGGCGCCAUCUAUCGGCCAAUGGGCUUUGGCCAGUGGAUUGGAUGUUGGCUUUGUGACGACUACCCGAGUAACCCACGCCUCUCCUGCCGGCAUGUUCGCUCACACAUCUGAGAGGAAUUGGGAGUCUGAUGCUGACGUACCAGAUGAAUGCAUCAGCUUGGGUUGCCAGGAUAUCGCUAGUCAACUGAUAAUGGCGAACCCAGGAAGACAGUUUAAGGUUAUUCUUGGAGGUGGCAGACGAGAGUUCCUACCUAAUAUUACAACUCCUUUGAACAAUUAUACCGGAAGACGCAGAGAUGGUAUUGAUUUAACAGACAUGUGGCAUGUUGAUAAGAUGGAGAAGAAUGCCACUCAUCAAUACGUGACAGAUAGAAAUGAACUUAUGAAGGUGUUCAAUUCAGACGACCUUCCAGAAUAUCUGUUAGGCCUCUUCCAAGAUGACCACAUGGAUUACCACCUACAGGCAUCCAAUCAGCCGACAUUGGAAGAGAUGGUGGAGGUUGCGAUAAAAAUGCUUAAUCGCAGUGAGAAAGGAUAUUUCCUGUUUGUUGAAGGCGGCCGCAUCGAUCACGCACACCACGACAGUUACGCACAUUUAGCACUCGACGAAACAGUGGAAUAUGCGAAAGCAGUGAAAAAAGCCAAGAGCCUAACUAACCCCCAAGAUACGCUGAUAGUGGUCAGUUCUGACCAUGCCCACACUAUGACAGUGGCUGGCUAUCCCUCACGAGGAAAUGACAUAUUAGGAGUAGUUGAUACAGCGAGAGGCAUGGACGGAAAGCCUUAUACUACGAUAAGUUAUGCCAAUGGGAAGGCCAAGUCGUUGGAGGAAAGCGGCAGAGUGGACGUAACGCUUCAUAGUGAAUUUUCUAGUAAAGCAUUAGACUACUCCUACCCGAGCCUGGUUCCCCUUGACUCCGAGACUCAUGGAGGUGAAGACGUACCAGUUUACGCAUCAGGACCAUGGCAACACCUCUUCACGGCCAGCUAUGAACAAUCCGUCGUUCCGCAUUUUAUGGCAUACGCUAUGUGUAUUGGUGAAGUAAAACAUGAAAACUGCGAACCAAGAAUGAGUCAUAGGUCCUUUUGGACCUCUGACAGUAUAGCGAAUAAACCAAAUAAGUAUUUUGUAAUUUUAACUUGUGUGAUACUUGGCUGUGUUAGAUUAUUAGGUUAGAUUAGACAACGCCAUCUAGAUCUUAUAAGGGUACGAUUCUGACACAUUGCACAAACUAUUUUGACACGUUUUUGACAUAGGUACGCGAGUGACAGGUAUAGGCUCUUUUCCCUUAGUUUACAACAUAGACUAAGUAUAUACUGGCGUAUAUACGCCAUAGACUUAGUAUAUACUCCAGUAUAUACUAAGUCUAUGGUUUACGAAAAGUUUUGUUAAGUAUUGCUAGGAACUCUAAGGUUUCAUGAAGAAAGAUCAAACAAUAGUUAAUAAUUAUAAUCUUCGACCAAUUUCACGAUUGGUCAAAACAAAUUGUUGAUUCUUUACUUAAAGAAUCAACAAUUUGUUUUAGUAACUUAAAACACUUGAACAAUCAAUAACACGCCGAUCCUGCAGUAAUUACUUUGUUAUACAUAUUAUAUUAAGUAAUCGAUACUUUACUUGAAAAUCGCGAUCCAAUAAAUGAUACGAUCGUUUUAUAUAACUUGACGAUGCGGCAUAAUAUAUUAUUGUACUUAAAUCUCGAAUACAUUUAGCGUAAGUAUAUAUAAUGUUAAUUUAGGCUAUAAACUUAAUUUAUUGUUAGAACUGUAUAAUAGUAUGACAUGAAAAUAGCAUUUACAACGCGUUUUCAACAACUAAAUUGUUGAUUAUAAAAUAAUGUUAGAGCGAACUAAAUUUUUCUCAAAAUCUUUUAAAUGUCUUCAUCUCUAGAGAGUAAGAAAUUUCCUAAUAUAAUAUAUUUCUAUCCCUAUUCCUAUACAUUCAUAGGGGAUCCACCGUCUCGUAGGUCCCGCCCCUACGCUUUUGUUUCAGUUGCGAUCUGAAGCUGGAUUUCUAUGAUGCUCUUGUAGGUAACACAUGUCUGACCUGAUUUCAGGUUAAACCUGCAGCUAUACAAGAUAGGUUGUCCUAACAUUUACUGCAAUGACAUUUAACACUUAUUCAAACUAUUUUGAAGACUUUGACAAUGCUAUAAAUAAACGCAUAAUUAUUUACAAAUAAACGCGUUUUAAAUGUUCUUUUUUAAACAAUAUAUUAGCAAGAUUUUAUCCUUAUUUGUUUAGUAAAUAAAAUUUAUUUUACCAAAACACAUAACUGGGUAGCCGAGUUGAAUUUUGAAAACUCGAGUCUGCGUAUGCAUACAUUCGUUUGGUGCAACUCGCUUUGAGACGAAAUUAAAACGUUUCCAGUCCAAUUCAUUGAUAUGUCUAGGUAAUCCAGGAUGUAUACUAUUUUCACCAGGAAAUCAGGAGUACGCGGGGUUUUUGUAGCACACACUCGCACACACUCGCACGCACUUGCACGUCCAAAACUUUUAAAUAAGUUCUGGCUGAUAUACUAUUUAUUUGACUAAAAGUUGGAAUAUUAAAAAUAUAUAUAUAUAUAUAUAUAUAUAAAGUUAUAAUAUUAUUAUUGUAGAAUUAAGUCGGUGCUGAAAUUGUAAAUAUCUAAAUGAUCCAAACCAACAAUAAGAUGACUAAAUUAUCUUUUAAUUUGACUAAAAUGAAAUUGUAUACAAAAUUCAUAAUCAGGAUUUAAAUAAUGUAUUAAAUAGUAAUAGUUAAUAAAAUAUAUUUUAAGAAACACCUUUUUCUAUUUUACUGAAGAACCAUUUGAAAGAUUAUUAUAUUUUGAUUGAAACAGCCUUCUAAUUAUGUAAGCAUAUUUUUGAAAUGAAUGAACACUAAAUAGGGAAUUUUUAUACUGACCCGUGAUUUUACAUUUAGGCAAAUUAAAGUAAAAUUAGGCAUAACUGUUCAAAGAUAGGAUCUGAUUAUAGCGCCCUCUAGUA